AUGCCGCGAGCUCGCCUGACCCCCGAGCAACAAGAAGCACGUCGGGAGCAAGAUCGCCUUCGGAGCGCGGCCCGCAGAAAUGAAAUGCCCGCCGAGCAACAAGAGGCCCGGAGAGAACAGAACCGUCUUCGAAGUGAAGCGCGUCGAUCUGCUGCCACGGAUGCCGAACGCGAACAAGAGCGUCUUCGAAUGGAAGCCCGUCGUGCAGUGGCCGAUGAUGAGCAACGGGACUAC